UGACAGCUCUCUUUGCUUGUCAUUAAGCGUUACUUGAAGAUCUCAAUCAGAUAUCUUCCACUUCUUUGCACUUGCUCUUUAGAUAGCUAAUGUAAAGCAAGGAGUUUGUUUCUGUUCGUAUUAUAUUUAGUUCCGUUUUGUUUAUUUAGAGCAUAGAAGCUACAGCAUUAAAAGCAAACGAUUUGUUUUUCGAUAAAAACGCUAUGUUUUCCCUCCGUUCUUAAUUUCAUUCCACGAUUUUAGUUAAGCAGACAGAUUUUUCUUUUUAUCUGAGACUAAUAAAGCUCAGUCUUAAUCAAUUUCCCUUUGAGAGCUUUUUAACAUUUUAUAUUUGUUCCAUAACAAAGAGAAAUGACAAAGAAAACUCGUCUGCAAAAAUAAAUAACGCUGAUUUCAACAUCUGGCAACUUGCAUUUUACAAGUGGAAUGAUGCAUAAGAAAAAAAUGGUUCCUAAUAAUAAAAGCGUCAUUGUUUUCGAAUAACAAGAACUUCUGUGUAGUGGCUUUUAUUGGAGGGAUAUUUCUAAGAGUGUACACUUAAGGAAGAAAGAAAAUGGCCGAUAACUUAUUGGAGAUCGUUUUACAGCAAAGAACAGAUGAAAUUCGUCAACGCGACACUCUAAUUGAAGGGCUUAGAAUGGAACUAGAAUUGAAAAAUAAACUUAUUGUUAAACUUCGAACAGAUUUAGAGAAGUUUCGCUCGGCUAUGAAGCCGAUAGUUGCACAAAUGUCUCGUCAGAUGUACCUUUGGAGCUCUGGAGAAGAAGAUGAUAGUUCUUCGUUUGAAUCCAGCAGUAGCAGUGAAGCUGAGGUGCUUAAUUAUGGAGAUAAAAGGUCAAAUUCUGCUGACCACUCUAGAACCAAACGAUUGGCUAUUUCCGCUGAACCUGCGUGCGUUGAGCGCAUGCGUAACUUGAGUCUUAUUAGGAUUCCUAAAACAAAAGAUUCUUACCUACUGAUCCAGAAAGCCAUCUUGGACAAUGACUUUCUUAAGAACCUGGAUGCAGUUCAGAUGAAAGAGAUCACGGAUUGUAUGGCUCCCAUUGAGUAUCUGGCAGACAGUCUUAUCAUUAAGGAAGGCGAUGCUGGAUCCGUUGUCUACGUUAUGGAAGAAGGUAAAGUGGAAGUGACGAAAGAGGGAAAAUUCCUGUGCACAAUGGGGUCUGGAAAGGUUUUUGGAGAACUUGCAAUACUGUACAACUGCACAAGAACAGCCACAAUACGAGCUGUUGUGGAUUGUAAGUUGUGGGCUAUUGAGCGAAACGCUUUCCAAACUAUUAUGAUGCGCACAGGAUUAGUUAGACAAGCUGAGUAUACAAACUUUUUGAAAAGUGUUCCAACAUUCAGAAGUCUUAGUGAUGAAAUCAUCAUUAAAAUUGCUGAUGUAUUGGAUGAGGUGAAAGUCACAAUGAGAACAGAUCCCAACAGCGAAGAGGAGAAAUUUAUUCGUUACCUAGAGAAAGGAGAUUUCUUUGGCGAGAAAGCUCUUCAGAGCGAAGAUGUUAGGACGGCUAACAUCAUUGCUGAUGAUCCAGAAGGUGUGACAUGUCUAGUCAUUGACAGAGUGGCAUUUAACCAACUGAUAAGCAAUAUUAAUGAAAUAAAGGAGAAGAACUAUGACGAAAAUCUAGUAAAGAGAAGUAUGGAUGAGGGUCUUAUGAAAAUGAAACUUACUGAUUUGCACUACAUAACUACACUUGGAGUAGGAGGAUUUGGAAGAGUUGAAUUGGUUCACAUCAAAAACGAUCCUGGCAGAGCGUUUGCUUUGAAAGUGAUGAAGAAAGCGCAGAUAGUAGAGACCAGGCAACAGAUUCACAUCAAAUCUGAGAAGAGCAUAAUGGACGAAAUAGAUUGUGAUUUUGUUGUAAAGUUGUAUAGAACGUUUAAAGAUAGAAAAUAUUUAUACAUGUUGAUGGAAUGUUGCUUAGGCGGAGAGUUGUGGACAAUAUUACGAGACAGAGGUAGUUUUGACGAGUCUACAACAAGAUUCUAUGUGGCAUGUGUCGUAGAAGCCUUUGUAUAUUUACACUCAAGAAAUAUCAUUUACAGAGAUUUAAAACCAGAAAAUAUGAUUCUAGACACCCAAGGUUACGUGAAACUAGUGGACUUUGGUUUUGCAAAGAAACUGCAGCCGGGACAGAAAACGUGGACUUUCUGUGGUACUCCUGAAUACGUGGCCCCUGAAAUUAUUAUGAACAGAGGUCACGAUAUUUCCGCUGACUAUUGGUCUUUAGGCGUACUCAUGUAUGAAUUGCUCACUGGCAUGCCUCCAUUCCAAGGAGCCGAUCCCAUGAAAACCUACAAUAUCAUAUUAAAAGGCAUUGAUGCUAUAGAAUUUCCACGCGUCAUCAGUAGAAAUGCUGCCGCUCUCAUUAAGAAACUUUGCAGACAAAUGCCGGCUGAAAGAAUAGGUUAUCAAAAUGGAAUCCAAGAUUUACAAAAGCACAAAUGGUUCGAUGGAUUUUAUUACGAUGGUCUAAGAACUAGAACAUUGAAUCCGCCAAUAAUUCCACAAGUUCGUAGUACAAUAGAUUAUUCCAAUUUCGAUCGCUACCCUCCAGACACAGAUCCACCUCCACCGGACGAUUUAUCGGGAUGGGACGACGAUUUCUAAUUCAUAAAUUUUAGGUUUUCAAAUUAUUCCAUCCUUCUAUCCAUUAAGUGGCCGAUCACGCUUAAUCUCGAAAAUAGAACCCUCUCCCCCUAAACGUUUAUCAUUCAAUGUGGACGAGAGCAUGACAAGAAUAAGGACAAUAAAUCUUACAUCUGAUUUCUUUUUGUACAUAAAUCUAUAAAUGUGAAAAAGCAGUUUGUUUUAAUUUUUGUUCGAAAUGUUAAUUUUGUUUAUCCAUGUUGAUAAUUUUUUUAUUAAAUUUUAAUCUAUGUUAAAGCAUUUUAAAAUAAAAAUCACAGUUUUGUGAAGAUGAAUGAGUAUAGACAUUCUCAGAUAAGUUUAUAAAUGAUCAUAUGAUUUUUUCCUCUCGGUUACCAUAACAACUGCAAAUCUUGUUUUUACCACGUGCCUUUAUAGUCCAAUUUCUUACUGAAACGUGGGGAAGAAAGUAAGAUUUUCCAAAACGAUGGUAACGGAGAGGGGAAAAGUGUGGAGAGUGAGGAAAUCGCGUAAUCCAUUCUAUUUAGAAAGAGUAUAAUAUGGUAUUAAGGAAACAUUUAUCUUGUUUUCUACUUUCAGUGUAAAGUUUGUGAAAAGCAUAAUGAUGUUACAAUACAAGUAUGUCACGAAAAAUAUUGACGUAUUUUCGUCAUGUUUUUUUGGGUGCAUGUAACUAUUGAAGGACUUCCAAUCAAACAUGUCCAAAUUUUUAACACUUUUAUGGAUCCAUAGAAAGUAUGCAGCACAUACAGGGUAAUUCUUAAUGUCCAAUCUGAAUAUAUGUUUUGAAUUCGAUACAUAAUAUCUAAUGAAAUCAAGUAUACACAUUAAGGGUCUCAAACUGAUAUUCAAACGGAAAAAACAAAAACGAAUCACUACAGAGGAAGGCGGUUUGAAAUUUAAGAUCAGAAAGUGCGACUGAGAAUGCAUUAUAGAAAUAAAGCCUAAAUUAAGAACUGGAGUUAGUGCCAAAUCUAAAAAUAAACUUAUAUAAAAAGAAAAAUUAAAAUCUAGACUUUUGAAUCUAGGAACUAAAUAAAAAAUCAAAUCUAAACUAGACCAUUUGCAAGAAAAAGCUAUUGGACUUGAAUAAAUUUGAAGCUAAGAAAAAAAAAUUACGUUAUUAAUAUAGUGUUAAAAAGAUAAAUUAAAAAGAAAAAUUUCAUUUUGUAGACAUGUAAAAAUUAACCAAAACGUUUAACUUAAUAUCUCUGCUUAAAUUUUUUAUAACUUGUUUACAUUUGAGUCCUUUACACUUU